AUGAAAAACAACCUUAUACCUAUGGAACAACAUGGUUUCAUUAGCAGUGCUUCCACAGUUACACUUAUGGCAGAUUGCGUAUUUGAUUGGAACCUUGCUGUGAAUGAAGGGAAGGGUGUAGAUAUCAUCUACUUCGAUUUGACAAAGGCUUUCGAUAAAGUGAGUCAUGAAAAGUUACUUCUCAAACUUCAACAAUUAGGGAUUGAAUGCAACAUUCUUAGCUGGAUUCAGUCUUACUUGGAAGAUAGGCAUAUGUGCGUCAGGGUAGGUAACAGCUUUUCACAGAGGUUUCAUUGCUCUAGCGGUGUCCCACAAGGUGGUGUGUUGUCUCCCUUGUUAUUUGUAGCGUACACAUACGACUUACUUUCAUAUCUAUACACUCACCCUUCGAUCAGAAUAAAAAUGUAUGCUGAUGAUAUUGGAAUAUAUGGCGUUUACAACAAUGAUAAUCAUGGCCAAAUAAUCGCCAUGUACGGCUAUCUCUAA